AUGCUGCUCAUACAGACUCAGAUCAAGGUCUUGCUGAUUCUGAUGUUGAUGACAAUGCUUAUGAAAAUCAAAAAGGCCCUAUUGGCGGGGGUGGGGGAUCAGAUUCGGAUACUAUCCACUUGGAUUUGGGUGCAGAUGAAGAUCAAUGUACAUAUGAGCAAAUUUUCAAAACAUACAAUGAAGAUAUGGAAGAACAAGCUUCCGGGAUCAUUUACCCAGUUUCACUUCUUUCUUGCUCUUCAAAGCAAAAAUGGAUUGCCACUACUAGAUAUGUCCGUGAACAUCAUGGCCAGCAAUUUGGCCAUGCAAUUGAGGUUGGCCAGUUUUGCAUUCCCUUUGCCAGACUGUUUUUGGAAGAUGUUAGUUGUUUGUGCCUCUCAGAACAACCCUGACUUGAUGUAUGGCGUGGACCCUGAUAUUCCUGGCAAACUGAUUGAUGAUUCAUUACAACUACAACAAGUUGUUACAGACUUAGUGGUUAACACCAUCAAGUCUUCUCUGUCCAAAGUUACUCACAAGGGCCUUGUCACCCAAAGUACGGAGCUCCUAGCAUUGUAUGAUCAAAGUGUCACAUUGGAGCUCUGUGUAACGGGCGCUGCUAUUGGUGUUGCAAAGGACAAACUCAACCCAAUUAUUGAUACAUUCUGUCAGGAAUACGGUGGAAUGGGUCUUGGUCUAUCUCUCUCAAAAUGA